CACACGGCCGUGCUGGUGUGUUGCGUGGUCGGGCUGGCGGUGGUGCUGUUCGGAGAGGGGGACGGGGGUGGGCCCGGCGCAAGGCCGGAAAAGGUCACGUCGACGAGCGGGCAUCCGAUCCCUUUGCUGAUCGCGGCGGCCGAGGAGCGGUACUACAGCAUGCGGGGGCGGCAGAGCCGCACGCUCGCGGAGGCGGUAGUGGAGUACAAGCGGCGGUACGGGAUGUUGCCGCCGCCGCACUUCGACGCGUGGUGGGCGUUUGCGCGGGCGCGCAACGUGGUGUUGGUCGAUGAGUACGACAGCAUAUACCACUCGCUCAAGCCGUUUUGGGGGCUGCCGCCCGACGAGAUCCGGAGGCGUGCGCGCGCCGCGAUGGGGUAUCGGGAUGAUCUGCUCAUGAAGAAUAAUCGGCUGCUCCACGCGUAUAUACGUGGUGGAAAGGUAGAGGUUGGAGGGCAGGGACAGGAUUGGCAGAAAAAGGCGACGAGGGAUAUGCUAAGCGGCUUUGCUAGGUGGCUGCCGGAUAUGGACUUGCCGUUUAAUAUUCAUGACGAGCCGAGGGUCAUGGUGCCGUUCGAUGCCCUGCAGAAGCAUCUCGCCGAUGCAGAGAAGGAGAUUGCGAAGCUGGAUCUCAGGAAGGGAAAGAGCAGGAAUUCGUUCACGCCGCUGAGCAGGGAGGAGAAAUCCAUGCCCCCCGUGUACCACAAGACGUCGUUCACCGGCUUCGCGCACUCCUCCAUCUUCGCUCACUCGACGCUCUCCUGUCCGCCGGACUCCCCCGUGCGCCAGCCACACCACACGAAAGAGGACCAUCCAUCGGGCCAGCUGCUGGGCUUCAUCGUCAACGCCACGUCGUCAUCCGACAUCUGCCUGUCGCCGAGCCUCGAGCACCGCCACGGCUUCUUCGACCGCCCCAACACCUUCAACGUGGUCAAGUCGCUGUACCCGGUGUUCUCGCAGAGCAAGGUCUCGUCCUACGGCGACAUCGUCUACCCCUCGCCGUGGUACUGGGCGCACAAGGUGCCGUACGACGAGCACCGCGACCUGCCCUGGGACCGCAAGGUCCAAAAGCUGUACUGGCGCGGCUCCACGACCGGCGGGUUCUCGCGCAACGGCGGCUGGAAGCGGCACCACCGCCAGCGCGUCGUCUCCGUCAUCGACGCCUCUGACACGGCUUUGAUCCUGGAGCGCACCCCCACCCCCAACAGCACCCUCACCCCCACCAACAGUACAACCUGGCACACAACCCGCGUUCCGCGCGAAAGCCUACGGUCCUUAUUCAACGUAUACUUCAGCCACAUCGGCCAGUGCACGCCGUCCGACUGUUCCAUACAAUCCCGGUUCUUCCAUCUCGCGCCCGUCGCCGCGCAGCACUCGGCCUGGGCGUGGAAAUACCUACUAGACAUGGACGGCAACGCGUUCUCGGGACGCUACCACGCAUUCCUCAAGUCCCGCUCCGUGGUGUUCAAGCUCGCGGUGUUCCGCGAGUCGCACGAUGAGUGGCUGCAUCCGUGGGUACAUUACGUGCCGCUGAGUCUCCAGCUCGACGAGGUCGCAGAGAUCAUGCGCUUUUUUAGGUAUGAGCCUGAGGGCGAGGUGUUUGCUAGCAGGAUUGCAAGGGAGAGUAGAAGCUGGGCCCGCAGGACCCUAAGGAGGCAGGAUUUGGAGGUCUGGAUGUUUAGACUGCUGCUCGAGUAUGCCAGGGUUACGGAUAAGGGGAGGGGGAGUGUUGGGUUUGCGGGGUAGGGGCGCGAUAUGAUGGUACAUCGAGUUGUGAGUUAUGAUUGGAUGAUAUCAUGAGUUUGGGUAUAGACGUUUUUCUCGAAUAUAAAUAUACACACGCGCGCACACACUUGCUAUCCAUUGACUACCACACAAUACCUAAUGUACAUCAAACCACUAAUUACUCCAUGGGAUAUCACUAUUUACCUACCCCCUCCCCAAAGCCCAAACCACGAAUCAAUGCCCAAACUCCUCAACAUGAAUCGACACAUCUCUCCCGUGCAUGCCCUGUCUCGCAACCGCCCUCUUUACCACCGCCGCCAUAGCAGCAGGCGCACACACCAUUACCGCGGUACUCCCCCCG